GUUCUGGAAAGACGACCCAGAUCCCCCAGUGGUGUGUAGAUUUCUCUAAAUCUAUGGGGAAAAAGACAGUCGCCUGUACUCAACCCAGGAGGGUGGCAGCUAUGUCUGUUGCGCAGAGAGUAGCAGAAGAGAUGGAUGUAUCCUUAGGUCAGGAGGUUGGGUACUCUAUCAGGUUUGAGGAUUGUUCUGGGCCUAGAACUCUUCUCAAGUACAUGACUGAUGGUAUGUUGCUGAGAGAAGCUAUGAGUGAUCCAAUGUUAGAGAACUAUCAGGUUAUAUUGCUUGACGAAGCUCACGAAAGGACUCUAGCAACUGAUAUUCUCAUGGGGGUGCUCAAGACUGUUGUUACCCACAGGCCGGAUUUGAAGCUCGUUAUUAUGAGCGCUACACUGGACGCAGGAAAAUUUCAAGGUUACUUCGACAACGCUCCUCUGAUGAAUGUUCCUGGAAGAACUCAUCCUGUUGAGAUCUUUUAUACUCCAGAACCAGAGAGAGAUUAUCUAGAGGCAGCCAUUCGUACAGUUGUACAGAUUCACAUGUGCGAGGAGGUUGAUGGCGACCUCCUUCUUUUCCUGACUGGACAGGAGGAGAUAGAAGAGGCGUGUAAACGUCUUAAACGUGAGAUAGAUAACCUUGGACCAGACGUAGGGGAUAUGAAGUGUAUACCCCUGUACUCCACCCUUCCUCCAAACCUUCAACAAAGAAUAUUCGAACCUCCUCCAGGAAAGAAAGCUAACGGGGCAAUCGGACGUAAGAUUGUUGUAUCAACAAAUAUUGCCGAGACAAGUUUGACAAUUGACGGAGUCGUCUUCGUCAUAGAUCCAGGCUUCUCAAAACAAAAGGUUUACAAUCCUCGAAUCCGUGUGGAGUCUCUUCUCGUCUCUCCCAUCAGUAAAGCAUCAGCUCAGCAGCGCGCAGGUCGAGCAGGACGAACAAAGCCUGGUAAAUGUUUCCGACUGUAUACGGAGAAGGCAUACAAGAACGAGAUGCAGGAUAAUACAUACCCGGAGAUUCUCAGAUCUAACCUGGGAGCUGUAGUAAUCCAGCUGAAGAAGCUUGGUAUUGAUGAUCUGGUUCAUUUUGAUUUCAUGGAUCCACCUGCUCCUGAAACCUUGAUGAGAGCUUUGGAACUUCUCAACUACCUUGCUGCUCUAGAUGAUGAUGGUAAUCUAACAGAGUUGGGAGCUAUCAUGGCAGAGUUCCCUCUGGAUCCUCAGCUAGCUAAAAUGCUCAUUGCAUCUUGUGAGUAUAACUGUUCCAACGAGAUCCUAUCCAUCGUGAGCAUGCUCUCUGUUCCCCAGUGCUUCGUGAGACCAAACGAGGCCAAGAAAGCGUCUGAUGACUCUAAGUUGAGAUUUGCGCAUAUAGACGGUGACCACCUGACUUUGUUGAACGUGUACCACGCCUUCAAGCAGAAUAUGGAGGAUCCACAGUGGUGCUACGACAACUUUGUCAACUACAGAUCACUAAAGAGUGCAGAUAACGUUAGACAGCAGUUGUGCAGGAUUAUGGACAGGUUUAAUCUGAAAAGAACAAGUACGGAUUUCACGAGCAAGGAUUAUUAUCUGAACAUCAGGAAAGCGCUCUGCUCGGGAUUUUUCAUGCAGGUCGCACAUCUGGAGAGAACUGGACAUUAUUUGACAAUUAAGGAUAACCAGGUUGUCCAGCUUCAUCCGACCACGUGCCUGGACCACAAACCCGAGUGGAUUCUCUACAAUGAAUUCGUCCUCACCACCAAGAACUACAUCAGGACCUGCACAGAUGUCAAGCCGGAGUGGUUGGUCAGAGUUGCACCUCAGUACUACGAUAUGAACAACUUCCCUCAGUGUGAGGCUAAACGACAGCUGGAGCAGAUUAUCGCCAAGAUUAAUUCCCGCCAGUACCAGAAGGGAUUCUAAGCUGGCAGAUUCAAAGAUUUUUUUCCCAUUUAAUGUCGACAUCGCUGUUACUAAAGACUUAUACUGAUAUGAAAACUAAAUCAAAGGAUAAGAAAGUGUGCCCAAGUAUUAGAAAGUGUUUCUUUGUCGUGAAAUUAUAAAAUAACAUUUUAUUAAUGUGUUUGAAUUAAUUAUAAGAAAUUGUAUUUCACUUUUACUGUAGUGUACUGUUUCUAUACAUCUAACCUUCUGGGCGUAUUUGAUUUUGUCUAAAAGCAUUUGAAAUCCAUCAGCAGCAACAUUUUUUCCUCAUUAUUUGUCUAUUUUCAGAAA